AUGGCCAUUGAACUGCGAAACUCAUUUCACGGUUCUUCGACCGUUCCGAAUCACCACAAGUGGACAAUAAGUUGGCUUGAGCUCUCGAGUGACUCGAUACACUCAAUCCGCAUCAGCAUCCAUCCUGACAGCAUCAAGACCAUGGCGAGCCGAUUUGCCGAUAAGGCGCAGGAGGUCGCCAAGGAGGACAUUGACAAGGCGAAACUUCUUCUGAACGAUGCCGCAAAGAGCGGAUCCUACCUGUAUCCCAUCAAGGGUAUCUUCUACUUCUUCAGCCACCCAGAGUUGUGGAAGCCUCUCCGCUCGCGGGUCGUCCCGUACCUGACCCUCUAUGCGGGCGUGCUGGGUUCCAUGUUCUUCUUCACCUACCUCCCGCAGCUCGCCAUCAUGGCUUUCGUCAAUGGACCAUUCGCCAUCUUCACCACCGCUUUUCUCAUUCUUAGCGAGAGCUCCACCAUCACCGGCCUCGUCUCCAAGAACUACCUGCUGCAGGACGCGAUCCUGGACACCUUCGAUGGUACCCUGAUAGCCAGGAGUCAGCACGAAAUCGUUGCGGAGGGGAGAGAGGUGAAGUCCCGAGGAGACUCCAUCCAAAGGCUCGGAAAAGCCCUCAAGAGGCCCCUGGAGCGCUUUAGUGUCAAGGAGUUGGUUCGAUACGUGAUGUAUCUGCCGCUAAAUUUCAUCCCUGUCGUCGGCACCGUGAUUUUCGUCCUGCUGCGAGGACGUACUCGCGGCGAGUCAGUCCACGAUCGGUACUUCCAACUGAAGGGCUGGCCGACCACCAGGAAGUCGAAGUGGCUUCAGGACCAUAAGGGAGCUUAUACUGGGCAAGUAGUUUUCAGAAAUUCCUUUUUGACGAGCCAUAAGAAGAGUAUGGGAGGAGGCCUAUUUGGGACGGUUGCCACCCUUCUCGAGAUGGUCCCACUCGCUUCGGUACUAUUCUCCUUCACCAACACGGUUGGGGCAGCACUCUGGGCUGCCGAUAUCGAAGCCAAGGAAAACGAGAUAGCCAAAAGCACAGCUCCAGGGCUGCGGGAGACAGCCAAGAAGGUCGAGUGA